CCGGGCCGGCGCGUCCUCCCUCCGCAGUGCUCGACGUCGCUUUGGAGGGGGUGGGAGAUCCUCGUCGAGCCUCUCUGCCCCCCCUUUUCCCCUUCCCUCCCCGCCUGCUCCGGCCUGUGGCGGCUCCGGUGUCUGGAGGAAUUUCUGCCGCCGCCUGCCCCGGCUGUGCGCGGGAGGCGGGCGGGCAGGGAGGGAGGCGGCCGAACAGCAGCAGCAGGAGGAGGAGAAGGAGGAGGAGGAGGAGGGGGGCAGCAGCGAAGGCGGCUGCAGCGGGAGAUGAGCUGCAGCGGGAGGACGGUGCGGUGCAGCUUUUUGCGGCGGGGAGCCUUCCCUUGUCUCCACAACUCUACCCCCCUCUAACUGGGAGCAGCUCAAUAUCAGAAGAUCCGUGGGUUUUGCUUCUGUUUGCUUCACCAUCACCACCAUCAUCAUCGUCUCUAAAGACAGGGGAAAUACGCUGCACCGCCGGACGUCAGGAUUUCGGGUUUCCAGGAUAAAGACCGCUCUCCUACUCCUUCCCCCGCCCCUCUCCCUUACUCACCGCACGGCCCGUGCCCCGGCCGGGGGCGGCAGACCGGGGGUAACAAUGGUGAAGUUUCUGGUGAGUUCUGGCUGCGCCCUGGCUGCGUCGGUGCUGCUCCGUGUGCCUGUCGGAUCGUGGUGAGGAGAAAAUGAGCGAAGAGACGGCGACUUCUAACGAUAAUAGUUAUGCACGAGUGCGAGCUGUGGUGAUGACCCGGGAUGACUCAAGUGGUGGAUGGUUACCACUUGGAGGGGGUGGACUAAGCUGUGUCACAGUCUUCAAAGUCAUUCCCCAGGAAGAGAAUAGCUGUGCUGAUUUUCUUAUCCAUGGAGAACGACUCAGGGAUAAAACGGUGGUCUUGGAAUGCACAUUAAAGAAAGACCUUGUUUACAACAAAGUUACUCCUACUUUUUACCACUGGAAGAUUGAUGACAAAAAGUUUGGCCUCACAUUUCAGAGUCCUGCUGAUGCAAGAGCAUUUGAUAGAGGUAUUCGGAGAGCAGUAGAGGAUAUUUCUCAAGGUUAUCCACCUUCCCAAAAUGAUGUUGAAGUGGCAGAAGACUGCUUUCAAACUGCUCAAGAAAAUUCAUCAGGUUCACUAAUGAAAGAUCACCUUUUUCAACAUGAAACUGUAGUAACCAGUGAAACUUACAACAGUCCAAAUUUAAGGCCUUCAACAUUUGAGGAUUUCAACACCAGGAGAGCCUGUUUUCCUAGCCAAACUAACCAGGUCCCACUGAAAUCAAUCAGACAUGUUAGUUUUCAGGAUGAAGAUGAAAUUGUCAGAAUAAACCCUCGUGACAUUUUGAUACGUCGUUAUGCAGACUACAGGCAUCCUGACAUGUGGAAGAAUGACCUGGAGAGGGAUGAUGCGGACUCAAAUAUACCAUUUUCUAAAUCAGACAGUAAAAAAUCUGACUAUUUAUACCCAUGUGGAGAUGGAACUAAGUUGAAUUCCCUAAAAGACUCAAAGAGUUCUGUGGUAUUUAAAACUCAGCCUUCCUCAUCAAAAUUUAAAAACUCAAAAAGAAGAAAAGAGGAUGGUGAGCGUUCCCGCUGUAUAUACUGCCAGGAAAGGUUUAAUCAUGAAGAUAAUGGCAGAGGAAAAUGUCAAGAUGCGCCAGAUCCUAUUAAAAGAUGUAUCUACCAAGUUAGUUGCAUGCUUUGUGCAGAGAGCAUGCUGUAUCACUGCAUGUCAGACUCUGAAGGAGAUUUCUCUGAUCCUUGCUCGUGUGACACUAGUGAUGACAAGUUCUGCUUACGCUGGUUAGCACUGGUGGCACUCUCGUUCAUUGCUCCAUGUAUGUGCUGCUACCUCCCCUUGAGAGCAUGCCAUCACUGUGGUGAGGUGUGUGGGUGCUGUGGAGGAAAGCAUAAAGCUGCGGGAUGAAUCAGUCUUGUGCCAAACAGAGCUGAAAAAUCUUUGUUUCCAGGAAGCAUCUAACUUGGAUUUGCGGAAGCUUUUUGGCAAGCUGAAGGGAAUCUUCUUUCACGUAAGAGAUGCUUGAUGUGGAGGAAGCAACGAGACUUGUCAGACCUUGGCAUUUUACAAGUGCUAGCCACGCCUAACUAUUUCCUUUAAAUGCGUGGCAUUUGUUGCAAGUUGUGAAGGAGAUUUUGCGAAGGAAAGCCUGUUCUUAUUAUUGGCUAUAAAAUGAGUAUAUAAACUAUGAUUAUACUAAAAGGGAUUAACUUUUGCCACUUUGUACAUUCAUGGUUUAGGUGAGGGGGCUCUUUUAAAAGGAUUAAAACUUAUCUGAGGGGAAAUUUUAACUAAAAGUGCACUAGUGACAGUUGAUUUAAGAUUAAGAAAAGUUAAUACUCAGCAAAUGAGAAAUGAAACUGAUUUUAAGUGCAACUAAAUCACUUAUUAAUAGUUUUUUGGAAGCAACUUUAUGUAUAAAUAACAAAUGUUUAUAUUUAACUAAAUGUGUAAGGUACGAAUUAUUACUUGUUAAACUUUCCUUCCCUCCAAUGUAGUAGGUAUGGACCAUAUCUACUGUCACAUUCCAUGGUAGUAUUUUAAAUAGUUAAUUUAGUUGCAUUUUUAUUCCAGAUCGACAAAUUGAUAUUUUCAGUCCUGGUUCCCUUCAGCUACAGUUUGUGUUGAGUUGUAUCCAUGCAUUCUGAUAAUCUAAAACCUUUAAAAUAUUAAUUAUUCUAGUCUUGAGUGACCAAUAUUUUUUUUGUUAAGCACAGAUGUAAUUGUCUAAAAUGUUCUUGUUAGAACAUAACAUUUAUUUUUAUAUAUAAAUUACUUUGACUUCAACAUAAUAGCAAAAAGGACGUUGUUUCUGUUGUUCAACCAGCAAGUUGUUUUCUUUUGGGGUGUCCUCCAAAAAUACUUUCUUGCAUAUUCAGAUGUUCAUUAAGCAAAAGGUACAUUAAGGCAGUUGUAACAAAUUGUCACCAGUGUUCUUGUUUAUCCUUCUGUUAAACUAGGAUCCUGUUCAGCUGUUCAUCAAGUACUAUGAUUAAAACAAAAGAUUAAUAACAAAA